AUGAGCAAGAACAUCGUUGUGUUACCAGGUGACCAUGUCGGUCAAGAGAUUACAGAAGAGGCCAUUAAAGUACUAAAGGCCAUCUCUGAAGUUCGCCCUAAUGCGACUUUCAACUUCCAACAUCACUUGAUUGGUGGUGCUGCCAUUGACGCUACAGGUGUUCCACUACCAGAUGAAGCCCUUGAAGCCUCCAAGAAGGCCGAUGCUGUCCUGCUCGGUGCUGUUGGUGGUCCAAAAUGGGGUACCGGCGCUGUCAGACCAGAACAAGGUCUACUAAAAAUCCGUAAGGAAUUGCAAUUGUACGCUAACUUAAGGCCAUGUAACUUUGCCUCCGACUCUUUAUUGGAAUUGUCACCUUUGAAGGCUCAAUACGCCCAGGGUACCGAUUUUGUGGUUGUUAGAGAAUUGGUUGGUGGUAUUUACUUCGGUGAAAGAAAAGAGGAUGAAGGUGAUGGUGUUGCCUGGGACAGUGAACAAUACUCUGUACCUGAGGUGCAAAGAAUUACCAGAAUGGCCGCUUUCUUGGCCUUGCAACACAACCCUCCAUUGCCAAUCUGGUCCCUAGACAAGGCUAACGUCCUUGCUUCUUCCCGUCUAUGGAGAAAGACCGUCGAAAAAACCAUUAAGGAAGAAUUUCCAACUUUGUCAGUUAACCAUCAAUUGAUCGACUCUGCUGCUAUGAUUUUGGUCAAGAACCCAACGCAAUUGAACGGUAUCAUUAUCACCUCCAACAUGUUCGGUGAUAUCAUCUCUGAUGAAGCCUCUGUGAUCCCAGGUUCCUUGGGUCUUCUACCGUCUGCAUCUUUGGCCUCGUUGCCAGAUACUAACACAGCUUUUGGUCUUUACGAACCUUGUCAUGGAUCUGCUCCAGAUUUGGCUAAGGGUAAAGUGAACCCAGUCGCCACUAUCCUAUCGGCAGCAAUGAUGUUGAAGCUCUCGCUAAACAUGGUCGAAGAAGGUGUUGCAAUCGAAAAGGCAGUUAAGAAAGUUCUUGAUGAUGGUAUCAGAACUGGUGACUUGGGUGGUUCUAACAGCACUUCUGAAGUCGGUGACGCUGUUGCUAAAGCCGUUAAAGAAUUCUUGGCCUAG